UAACGACAGCGGGCAGUCGGUGGUUACGAGAGCGACAUGUUGGAGUCAUCUGUGUGACUGUGCGCGUGGCGGGUGUUCUUGGACGCGCGAGUUCCGUGCGUUUUUUGCGGGUGCGUACGGACACGACACGGACCGUGGUGCGGCCGUAGGUGUGCGAGGUGAAACGAAACGUGGACGUCGUCGUCGCUACAUGUGAAGUGUCGCUGGGAUAAUUAUCAACGCCCGCUGGUUUACCCGGCCCAGCAAACAUGAGCUGGGGCACGGAGCUCUGGGAUCAGUAUGAGAAUCUGUCCCUACACACGCAGAAGGGAAUAGAGUUCCUGGAAAGAUAUGGCCACUUCAUACGCGAUCGUUGCGCGAUCGAAUUCGAAUACGCAGCAAAACUAAGACGUCUUGUGAAGAGCUAUCAGCCGAAGAAAAAGGAGGAGGAGGAUUAUCAAUAUAGUCCUUGUCGAGCGUUCAAGAUGGAGCUAAACGAGGUCAACGACCAGGCCGGUCAGCGGGAGGUAAUAGCGGAGAAUCUUCAGGCGAACGUUCUGCGGGAACUCAAUAUCCUGGUGAAGGACUUCAAAGAGGACCGCAAAAAACAUCUGCAGGAGGGCGCGCGGCUCAUGGCCACCCUGCAGGGUCAGAUUGGUAACCUGGAACGCGCCAGGAAAGCUUAUGAGAAGGCCUUCCGUGAGGCGGAACGUGCCGUCGAGAACUAUCAGCGAGCGGACGCGGAUCUUAAUCUCUCGAGAGCAGAGGUUGAGAAACAGAGAAUGAAUAUGACCAUAAAAAGUCAGCAGAGCGAGGAAGCUAAAACGGAGUACGCGAAUCAACUGCAAAAAACAAAUGAUUUACAGACAUUACAUUAUCACACAGCAAUGCCGGAAGUAUUUCAACAUCUUCAGGAGUUGGAUGAAAAAAGGAUAAAGAAUAUGCGGAACUACAUGAUGAAGUCGGUGGAAAUCGAGCGGGCGGUGGCGCCAAUAAUCGCCCAGUGCCUAGAUGGCAUUGAGAAAGCGGCGAACGAAAUUAACGAGAAAGAAGACACACAACUAGUGAUCGAGCGCUACAAGAGCGGCUUUCAGCCACCCGGGGAUAUUCCUUUCGAGGAUCUGUCGGUCGCCAAGAGCUACGACAGCAAUAGUCAGUUGGCCCAGCCGGUGAUGCAACCGAUUCACAAUCAUCUGACGGUGAAGGGAACAGUUUCGGGCGGCAAGAUCAAGAAGAGGGUCGGUCUCUUCGGGAUCUUCAGUAGCAAUAAGAAGUUGAUCGAGGUGUGCAUAGCUUUAAAGAAUAACGUGCCUGGCUAUGGUGACGGCACUAAGGAGGAUUGCAGCGAUCUGCCACCGAAUCAGAGGAAAAAGCGACUGCAGCAGCGACUGGACGAGAUCCAGGCGAAGAUUCAGCAAGAGACCGCAGCGAGGGACGGUCUGAUGAAGAUGAAGGGUGUGUACGAGCAGAAUCCCGCUCUCGGAGACCCGAUGAGUAUAGAGGGACAAUUAAACCAGUCCAGCAAUAAACUGGACAAGCUCGGAGCUGAAUUGGCAAAAUUCCAAGGCUAUCUUGAAGAAGCAAUGCGCGCUGGCAAUGCUUUGUCUAGCCCAAGUCAAGCACCGCGGAAACCUACUACUAACGGCUCGGCAACGAGACCGUUGAGCUCACGAAGGGAUAGUCAUUCGGGCGGCGAAGAAAGUCUUUCGAGAUCCGCUUCGGACUCGAGCGUCUGCAACGCAAAUGCGAAUCAACCUGUCCACAACAAAAAGAGCGCACCGGGCACACCGCAGCCGACUCAUGGUUCCACGAACAGCCCGGAAUCUGGCCUCGGCGAAUCGAGAACAUCACUACCCGGCAGCGGUUGCGAGGAAUAUUAUCACGACGAGGUCGACGCUCAGCCACCUUUGGGAACAUGUCGGGCACUAUAUCCUUUCGACGCAACUAGCGAAGGUUCUAUUCCCAUGUACGACGGCGAGGAGCUAUAUAUGAUUGAGUUGGAUCAGGGAGACGGUUGGACUAGAGUGCGACGCAUAUCCCAACCAAUAGAAGGUUUCGUUCCAACCUCGUACAUAGAGUGUCACUUGUACAACACUUAGCUUCUCCUAGGUUGUUAAAGAGAACUGCGACGUAAACAACAAUUCGAAAGAGAUUAUUGAAGGUGCGCAACGCGUUUAGCGUCAUUUAAAGACUUGAGGGUUAUGUGUUGGUCAGUUUGGUGAUGAGAUACAAGUGUAGGCCUAAUCAAUGCUACAAAGCGUAAAUUUGCAGUUGAGGAUUCAUGGAUUUUGGAAUUGGGUCGUACAGUAGAGGUUGUGAAUUUUAACAAAUAUACACACGUAUAUAUAUAAGUAUAUAAAGCGUAUAAUUAUUCUACAGGGAUUUUUUUUUUAAGAUUGCGAAAAGAUCGAUGGAUUGGAUUGAUAAAAAGUUUCUUGUUCGCGAAUUAAAGAAACUGUUCGUCAAUCUGAGAAUUUGCCCAACUACGAUCCAUGUUUCACGACUUGUGGAACUCGGAGAAUUUGCAGUACUGAAUUAUCGCGUGCCAAUAUCGCGUAAAUUAUCUCCAACACACUUCCCUCUCUGAAAGAAUUCUCUUUGAUCGAUCGGUCAAUCGAUCAAAAUAGAAACGAUGCGAACAAAAUGAUCCGCUUUGUGAGACCAAUUAAUUUAAAUGUAAUAGCGGUAGAUUUGAACUCAUUUUUUUGGGCUUAUCAUAUAGAUUUCCUAAGGAAAGUUUUUCCCUUAUCCGGAUUUAGGAUGCCACGUUCUUUUAAUUUAGUUAAUUACUUUAGCGCUAUUUGUGUUAAGUAGCUAUUAGUAAUAACUAAAUAACGAAUGUAUUUUAUUUGAAAUUAAUUGACUGUAAUUUUUUUAUUUCUAAUUGUGCUGUUUUAUGUAAAUGAUCGCGGCAGUUCUCUCUAUAGUCUUUGCUCGCGUUUAUUUCGACAUAAUAAGUUUAAAUAAUAAGGCUGUUAACUAUUGAUUAUGCAAUUUGAGUUUAAAACGCGAGAACCACAUCCGCGCGCGCCUGUAUUAUUUUUUCCCGCGAAGACGUUCUAUGCACGAAAGAGCAUUGAUUGAUAGCCCUGCAUCUUUAAACUUAGUUCUCAAUUUAUUCUUGCAGACUGUGUGUUGUACUAUGUUUUGCUCUGUAAAUAAAUAAUGAUUUUUUUUUAACUAGUUUUAUAUGAAGGGCCGCGCAGCUCUAAAGUCUCUACACGGUAGGAAACUUGCGGAUCCAGAUGAGGGUUAAAUCUGUAGGACAUCUGCACCUUUUUAUUCUGUAACUUACAACGACGUUAUAGUUAACAUAAUCGUUGCGCAUAGCUAUUUUGUGAUUUUGUCUGCGCGAAGAUAUUCGUGUCGGACACGCGUCGUUAUGUCUAUAACGCAUGCGUUAAAAGUUACAGAAUAGACUCACUGUACACACAAGCGUUGUGUCCGAUUACAAAUAAACUCAAUUACAUACAUAUUUGAGAUUUAAUCCUUGAGCAGGGACAUAGAAUAUAGGACCGAGUAAAUAAAAUUGUUAAACACUUAUUAUUUAAGGUCAAAGUAGCAAAAUAAACGUUGAAUUACGAUUUUAAUUGCAUUUAACUUGUUUUAACAUUAAUUUAUAAAAAGGCUCGCAGAAAAAUUAUAGUGCAAUAUUCUAGUUUUAUAUAUUAAUAUACAUGUAUCUUUUUCUGUGAACAACUUCCUGAACUUUUAUUUUUUCACGAUUACACACACACACACACACACACGCACACGUUAUUUCAUUAAAAAAGCUGCUUAAGGAUUAAAAUAUGAAAUCUUUUCAUGAAGAAUCGAAGAAACGAUUCGCGUAAUGCACUCACGGCUUCUCGAAAGGUGUCUCUUUUUUUUAUAAGCAUAUCUGUGCACAAAUAAAACAUUAAAGAUCCCUGUUGAAGAAAGUAAUCGUCUUAGUAAUGAAUUCCGCCUUCUCGUCACUCAUAAAGUACUCGCGGCUGUUAUACAUAGCUGUAACAACGUCAUUGCACCGAAGUUUCAUCGUUUUCUUCCUUGUUUUUUGUAAACUUGACUCGACGUCCUAAAAGAUCGACUGUUUCGCAGGCACGAUUUACCGUCCCACCUUUAGUUAAGCGAUCGAGAGAAUCAAUCACAAAAAGACAAAAAGUAUUUCUCGAAUCGAGCUUUUCGAUAUGUAACAUCCGUAUCGAUGAGGACGGGUAGGUCGUUUCGGUGAGUCGGUCGGUCGGCGUGUUGUGUUGCAAGAUGUCGCCUGAAUGUGAAUCUAGUUAGUAAUAAACUUUUAUGUAAAUAUUGUCGGAGAUAUAAUAUAGGAAAAGCGGAGAACAAAAAAGAAGACGAGUGGCGUUUAAUUCAACGUGCGAGUGCCAGAAUCGAUAUUAAACUGUGAAAAGGCUUUGUUUUUCAUGGACACAGAAGUCGGUCCCUGAAAAAUCUAGAUCUAUAAUCCAGGUAUUCUGCGCGACAGUAUCCUGUAUUGCGUGUCGGCAAUACGGAUCAGAAAAAAUUAAAUCGUCAAAGAAUGUCGAUAAUUAAACGAGCAUACAAUGGCGGAUCAAUGAUUAUUGAUAUCUAAAUCCCAAACUACACCGUCAACUUGUUGCCAUUGUUAUUUUAUGCGACAUUGUUAAGUAGCAAAGAGAUAUCGACAAAUGUUGCUGAGAUAGUAUAGAAUUUCUGCGUUGAAGAGAGAAGAGAAGACACUGAGAUUCUUUAAUCUUGGAGAAAGUCCGCGCGCUUUCGUCCCAAUUUCCGCGAAAUCCGGAAGUCGUUUAACCGUACUUUUUCUCGCGCAUUGUGAACAUUAUAUAUGUAUAUAUUAUAUAUAGAUAUAUAUAAUUAUAUAUAAAUAUUAUAUAUAUAUAUUCGAUCGCGUCUCAGAAGAAAAGGCAUAUAGCUUUACUAUAGCCAGAUAUACGCAAGUACACGAAUAAAUAUGAUCGAUAGUUCACCCGACACACACGUACAAUACAUACAUACAUACAUACAUAUAUUUCUCCCCGUCUCUUUGUCAUGGUUGCUUCCGGUUCGUCAAUUGUGAAAAUAAAAUUAAGGACUGCUCGGUGAUUUAUGUUAAAAAAAAAAAAAAAAAAAAAAAAA